UCGAGUCCUACGGAGUUGGCGCCAUUACAAGCGAUCGUGCUGCAACCAGAGCGGUACCUCAAAAUAUAUACCUCUCUCUUUACCAGUGUUGGCGGUCUAACUGGGAUACAAUGGCUGAUAAAGAAGCGGCAUUUGACGACGCUGUGGAGGAAAGGGUGAUCAAUGAGGAGUACAAGAUCUGGAAGAAAAACACCCCCUUCCUUUAUGACCUGGUCAUGACUCACGCCCUGGAGUGGCCCAGCCUCACCGCUCAGUGGCUCCCAGAUGUCACCAGACCAGAGGGAAAAGACUACAGUGUGCACAGGCUGGUUCUGGGGACGCACACCUCCGAUGAGCAGAAUCACCUCGUGAUCGCCAGUGUCCAGCUCCCAAAUGACGACGCUCAGUUCGACGCCUCACACUAUGACAGCGAGAAAGGAGAGUUUGGAGGCUUUGGAUCAGUAAGUGGGAAAAUAGAGAUCGAGAUCAAGAUCAACCACGAGGGAGAAGUCAACAGAGCCCGCUACAUGCCCCAGAAUCCUUGCAUCAUUGCCACCAAGACGCCCACCAGCGAUGUGCUGGUCUUUGAUUACACAAAGCACCCUUCCAAGCCUGAUCCGUCAGGAGAAUGUACACCAGAUCUGCGUCUGAGGGGUCACCAGAAGGAGGGCUACGGCCUCUCCUGGAACCCAAACCUCAGUGGCUGCCUCCUCAGUGCCUCUGAUGACCAUACCAUAUGCCUUUGGGACAUUAGCACAGUGCCAAAGGAGGGAAAGAUUGUGGACGCCAAGACCAUCUUCACAGGCCACACCGCUGUGGUGGAGGACGUCUCCUGGCACCUGCUACACGAAUCACUUUUUGGAUCCGUUGCUGAUGACCAGAAACUCAUGAUUUGGGACACACGGUCCAACAACACCUCCAAGCCCAGCCAUGCAGUGGACGCCCACACGGCAGAAGUUAACUGCCUGUCUUUCAAUCCCUACAGCGAGUUUAUUCUGGCCACUGGCUCUGCAGAUAAGACUGUGGCUCUGUGGGAUUUGAGGAACUUGAAGCUGAAGCUCCACUCGUUUGAAUCUCACAAGGACGAGAUCUUCCAGGUUCAGUGGUCUCCUCAUAACGAAACCAUCCUGGCCUCCAGCGGCACCGACAGGCGGCUCAACGUGUGGGACCUCAGUAAGAUCGGAGAGGAGCAGUCACCAGAGGAUGCUGAGGAUGGUCCUCCUGAGCUGCUGUUCAUCCAUGGAGGACACACAGCGAAGAUCUCAGACUUCUCUUGGAACCCCAACGAACCGUGGGUCAUCUGUUCUGUAUCAGAAGACAACAUCAUGCAAGUGUGGCAGAUGGCUGAAAAUAUCUACAACGACGAGGACCCAGAAGGUGCUGCAGAUUCAGAGGUCCAGGCAUGAGUCCAGUCUUCACAUCUCUUCUUUCAACCUGCUUCUAAAAAUGGAUCAGUUUUCCAGUCCUGAGUGCAUUAACAGUAAAUAGUUUUUGAACUACAUUUUGGGCAGCAGUGGUUUGAAGAAAAUGAAAUAAUUACAUGCUGCAUUGCCAUCAUGUUGUGACGUAUUUAUAUAAGGUCCGUACUGGUCAGAUUUUUAGAUCUUCUAGUUUUUCAAGCUCCGCUCUGGCUAUUGAUGAAAUCGUCACAGAUGUGUUCUUCAUCAUUCAGGUUUCCACUUUGAUAAUUUUAUUUCUCUCGCCUUGAUGAGUCACGCCGAAAGCCUUUCUACAGAGAACCAUUUUUUUAAUAUAAUUGUACAUACUGUAGGUUUUCCUUUUUAUUUGCUUGAUAUAUGUAGUUUUCCAGAUCGUUUGUUGUGUCAUUUGUAUGUGUGUUAUUUUCCUCUGCAUUUUGUUUCUCUGCUGCAUCUGAUCUCUUGUGUACUUAAGUAUAUUCAUAAUAAAAUAUUUACAGUAAAA